AUGGGAAAUCGCGAACAAACCACCAACCGCUACUCUCUCCGUUCUUCCCGCUCCCGCGCCGUCAACUACGAGAACGGGAACGCCUUCCUCAGACCCCCCCACGCACGCUAUCACAAUCUAACCAUCCAGCCUGAGCACCUUCCACCUCCCUCAUCCCCUGCCAUCAACUCCUCGCACUUGCAACAAGACCGCAGCAAUCCCCCCCACCCAUCGUCCUUCUUCGACACCCCAAAUCCAACAACAACCAACAAGCGCCCCCUCCGUUCCUCCCACGCCGUCGACUACAAGUCCUCGCCCGACUUCCUCCAGCCCCUCCCCCGCACGUCCUUCCUCCACACCCCGGACCCACCAAGCCAACACACCCUCGUCGCCCCCUCCUCCUCCACCCCCAACACCACCACCUCUGCGCCCCUCCUAUACGCAUCGAUCCCCACGCGCAAAAGCCCCAAGCCCGCACAGCACGGCCGAUCCCCGACCCAGCGCGGCCUCGUCUUCUGGCUCGCAGGGUUCCUGGUGUUCAGCAGCAUCGUGCUCGCCGUUGUCCUCCCCGUGUACUUUACCGUCGUCAAGCCGAAUGAAAACAAUGCGAACGGCAGUAGGGGGGGCUCUAUCGCGGGGAAAGGAUCCGCUACGCCGGGGGCUCCGAACGGAGAUGGGACCACCAGCGACCAGCCAUCGCCGACCGGUGAUGCCAUUACGGGAGGAGAUGGAUCAGUCGUAACGCAAGAAGACGGUACCACGUUUAUUUAUAACAACUCGUUCGGAGGGUAUUGGGUGGCUGAUCCGAACGAUCCCUUCAGUGGUGCAGCCCGAUCUAACAGCUGGACCCCGCCGCUCAAUGAGAGUUGGAAAUUCGGACAAGACCAUGUCUAUGGUGUAAACCUUGGCGGAUGGCUCGUCUUGGAACCCUUUAUCACGCCUGCCUUGUAUGAAAAGUACGACGGUGCCAUCGAUGAAUGGACGCUGAGCCAGGCUAUGGCAGCCGAUACGGCCAACGGCGGGCUAAACCAACUAGAGGAGCACUACCGGACCUUCAUCACCGAGAAGGACUUUGCUGAAAUCGCUAGUGCCGGACUGAAUUGGGUCCGGCUGCCCAUUCCUUACUGGGCGAUCGAUACAUGGGAUAGGGAACCGUUCCUCGCAAAGACGGCGUGGAAGCAAGCUUUUCUCUGUUCUUUCCUGUACGCUCUCAAGGCCUUCGAAUGGGCGCGCAAGUACGGUUUGAGGAUCAACCUCGAUCUCCACACUGUCCCUGGCUCACAGAAUGCAUAUAACCACUCUGGCAAAAAGGGCCAAGUCAACUUUUUGCAUGGCGUCAUGGGAUAUGCCAACGCCCAAAGAACUCUGAAUUAUAUCCGGAUCAUCACCGAGUUUAUCAGCCAGCCUCAGUACAGGGACGUCGUCCUGAUGUUCGGAAUCGUCAACGAGCCGCUCCUUUCGUCGAUUGGAAAAACCCAGCUAUCAAGCUUCUAUUACGAAGUGUACAAUAUGAUCCGAAGCAUCACCGGAUUGGGAGCGGGGCACGGGCCGAUGAUCUCGAUACAUGAUGGAUUUGCGGGCGCGGCUGAUUGGGCGGACUUUCUUCCGGGGUCGGAUCGGAUCGCGCUGGAUGUCCAUUCGUAUUUGGCGUUUCGGGGCGGUCCUGCGGCGGCGCCGUUCGUUGUUGGUACUGGGGAUGAUGCUGGGGGUAUGUGGCCUGCUAAGGCAUGCGAGUGGGGAUCGGAUAUGAACGCUAGCCAAACCGCAUUCGGCGUGACCAUGGCCGGCGAGUUCAGCAACGGGUGGAACGACUGUGGAUAUUUGCUCAAUGGCGUUGGGGGCGAAGCCACUUUUGGCGGGAACUGUCACAAGUGGGAGGACGCCUCGACUUGGGACGAGCAGACCAAAGCGGCAGUGGCGAACUUUGCCCUGGCGAGCAUGGACGCGUUGCGGGAUUGGUUCUUCUGGACGUGGAAGAUUGGCGCGUCGCCGGAGCUGGGAGGGGUGGUGGGCGCCCCGCUGUGGUCGUACCAGUUGGGGUUGCAGGGGGGGUGGAUGCCUAGGGACCCGCGGGUCGCUUUGGGGAAAUGCGAGGCUGUGGGGGUCAAGCCUGACCCGACGCCGUUUGGGGGGACGUACGAGGCGUGGAUGACGGGUGGGGAGGGGGCGGGGGCGGGGCGCGUCGCGACCAGUAUGAUGUGGCCGCCGGAGACGAUUCGGGGCGCGGACGUGGCAGUGACGCGCUUGCCGGCGUAUACGUCUGCUGCUAGCGUGGUGGCCCUCCCCCCUCUUCCUCCUCCUCCCGAGACGUUAACGGUGACGAGGAGCGUGGAUGGGGGGAACGGGUGGUACGACGCGCAGGAUACGGGGGCGGGGCCGAUGGAGGUGGAGGGGUGUGUGUAUCCUGAUGCGUGGGGUGCGAGUGGGGUGGGUGUGCCUACUGUUUGUGGGGUUGGGGCUACCAGUAGUGGUAGCAGUAGUAAGAGUGGUAGUGGGGGAGCUACGCGCGUGUUGGGGCAUACGAAGACGCAUACGCAUACGAGUACGAGGACGACAAUGGGGAAUAAGGCGACUGCGACUGCGACUACUAAGGGUUGAGCGCAGUGAUAUUAGAUAUUCUUUCUUUCUUUCUGUUUUUUUUACCUCCCCCCCCUCUCCCCCCCUUGGACAUGGUUGCUCGAAUCCGGGCCCGGACCGUUUUUUUUUUCCUUUUUGCUUUUUCUCUUACUCUUUCUCUUUCUCUUAGUUGUUG